AUGGUCGCUACUAUCAAGAAGUACAAGGCUGCCGCCGUCAACGCUGAACCUGGAUGGCUCAACCUCGAGCUCUCCAUUCAGAAGACUAUUCACUGGAUCAACGAGGCUGGUCAGAAUGGCUGCAAGCUGAUUGCUUUUCCUGAACUGUGGGUUCCCGGCUACCCUUACUGGAUGUGGCGCGUCAACUACCAAGAGUCACUGCCUCUUCUGAAGAAGUACCGCGAGAACAGUCUUCCCAGCGACAGCCCUGAGAUGCAUCGCAUCCGUGCAGCUGCAAAGGAGAACCAAAUCUUUGUUUCUCUUGGCUACUCUGAGGUUGACCUGAACUCGCUUUACACUACUCAGGUUUUGAUCUCGCCUACCGGUGAUAUCCUUAACCACCGCCGCAAGAUCCGUGCUACACAUGUUGAGAGACUUGUCUUUGGUGACGGUACUGGCGACACCACCGACUCCGUUGUAGAUACUGAGAUCGGUCGAAUCGGCCAACUCAACUGCUGGGAAAACAUGAACCCUUUCCUCAAGUCUUACGCCGUCAGCAAGGGCGAACAGGUUCACAUCGCCGGCUGGCCCCUCUACCCUCACGCCACAACUCUCAAGUACCCGGACCCUUACACCAACAUCUCCGACGCCAAUGCCGACAUCGUCACUCCUGCCUAUGCCAUUGAGACUGGCUCCUUCACUCUUGCUCCCUUUCAGAUGAUCUCCAAAGAGGGUGUUGAUUUGCAGACUCCUCCUUGUAAGGAACGUGAAGACCACAGAAUCUACAACGGAAACACUAGGAUCUAUGGUCCUGAUGGUCAGCUUUUGAUCACUAAGCCCAGUGAUGAUUUCGAGGGGCUGGUGUAUGUUGAUAUUGACCUUGAUGAGACGCAUUUGAGCAAGGCUUUGAAUGACUUCGGUGGUCACUACAUGCGUCCUGACCUUCUUCGUCUUGUCGUCGACACUGACCGCAAGAGCUUGGUUAGCAAGGAUGAUGGAAGCGGCAAGUAUAUUGUCGAGAGAACAAUUGAUCGUGUGGGUUUGAGUACACCUUUCAAGGAUCUGCCUAUUGCUCAGAAUUUCGAGAGCAACCCUACUCCUGCUCAAAGCGAGUAG